AUGCCAACAGAAGCGGAGAAAAUCUAUGCCUCAGGCCUUCGCAUGUUCAGCGACAAGGACCUGCAAGACCACAUGAAAAACACCAAAGGAGUUCUCGGAAAACCCGUAAAAGGCACCGAAAAACCAGGAAGCACAGCAUCCUACCGCUCUGCAAUGUGUCCCGACCUUGUUGACGGUUGGACGGACGCUGGCAUCCACUCCAUUGCACAAAUCUUUGACGAGGCAUUGAAAAUGAUGGGGCCUGAUCAACCAUUCUUGCACCAUCGUGAGAAAUUGGUCGACCUUAAUGGCAAAGUUACGUGGGGCCCGUAUGUCGCGCAGACUCGUGGGGCUGUUAAUGAAAGGAGAUUGAAUUUUGGGAGUGGGCUUUGUCAAUUGAAGAUGGAGUUGUGUGGGGGCAAGGAGGAGGAUAAGUGGCAUUUUUCGAUAUUUGCUAAUAAUCGACCUGAAUGGUUUAUUGCUGAUCACGGUGCUAUAUGCUAUGGCCUUGUUUCUGCUGCUCUAUUCGACUCUCUGGGUCCUGAAUCUGUCUCCUACAUCAUAAACCACUCUGACUCGCAUGGCCUCAUUACCACUAUCGACCGUAUCCCAUCGGCUCUGUCAAUAGCUCACGAAUGUCCCAACAUGAAGUGGAUUAUCUCCAUGGACGAGCUCUUCACCACCGAAGGCAAAGAUCUAGUUCAGAAAGCUGCAGCCGUAGGAGUCAAGCUUGUUUCCUUCUUGGAGGUGGAACAGCUUGGGAAACUUCACCGUAGACCGGUUCGGUAUGCUGGGGAUGAUGAUAUGUAUACGCUCUGUUACACUUCUGGAACAACUGGCCAACCCAAAGGAGGAAUCAUCACGCACAGAAACAUGCUCGCUACUGGUCGAGCGAUUCAGUAUCAAGGAAGUGGACAUUACCAGAGUGAUUUCCACUUGUCGUACUUGCCUUAUGCACACGCUAUGGAGCGUUUCAUUCUCGUAGAAGUGUUGCGAUCUGGAGCACCCGUUGCAUUUGGACGUGGUGAUCCGGCUCUGAUUAUGGAAGAUAUGCAGACAUGGAAACCAACAUAUGUCGCUUCAGUGCCUCGUAUCUGGAACAGACUGUAUGCUGCCAUCACUACACGCGUCCUGUCAACAGGAGGCGAGAAAGGAUUAGAUGCCUUCCGAAAGGCUGUUGCUGAAAAGGCAGCUUGGACCAAGAAGACAAGCUCUGUGACACACCCAAAACUCGACAAGCUCUUCUUUGAUGCUUUCAAGCCAUUGUUGGGUGGACGAGUUCGCCACGCUAUGAGUGGAUCAGCUCCCAUCGCACCUGACGUCCUAGACACCCUACGAGCAUGUUUCAGCAUGACGUUCGGAGAAGGGUAUGGACAGACCGAGUCUGGAGGUGCUAUUUCAGUGCAGUACAGAUUCGAGUUUGAUGCUGCUUACAAAGUCGGUGUUCCGCUUGUAUGCAAUGAGUAUAAGCUUGUAUCAGUGCCUGAGAUGGGAUAUCUUGUAACUGAUAAGCCAUACCCACGCGGUGAAGUAUGUUUCAGAGGUCCCAAUGCUACACCUGGGUACUACAAGGAUGCGAAGAAGACUGCGGAUUUGAUUGAUAAAGAAGGAUGGUUGCAUACUGGAGAUGUUGGAGAAAUCGAUGAGUUUGGACGCUUACGUAUUCUGGAUCGAACCAAGCAUAUCUUCAAGCUUGCGCAAGGAGAGUACGUUGCUCCAGAAAAGUUGGAAAACAUUUUCCAGAACUCGGCAUACAUUGCUCAAAUCUACGUUCACGGUGACUCUGUACGAUCCGAACUAGUAGCGGUCGUCAUUCCAGAACCAGAACCAGUUCUCCUACGCGCCAUCGAACUUGGCUUGAUUCCAAAAGAUGUAACUAUUCCAGCUCUUGGCGUCGUGACGCCUGAACUUGAAAAGGUCUGCAAAGACACCAAGAUUAUGGAAGUCAUUUUGAAGGAUAUUGAGAAAUUGGGUCGUGAUAGGAAAGUCAUGGGAUACGAGUUACCCAAAGCCAUAUGCCUGAAACCUGAAAUCAUGACCAUUCAGAAUGGUUUGCUUACUCCUACCAACAAGGUUAAGAGGGAAACUGUUGCCAAGGAAUACCGUCCACUCAUUGAUAUGCUCUACUCUAAGGUCGAUGCUUCUAGAUCGCCUGCCAAAUUGUAG